GUUCAGAUAGCCAAGGUGGAGGAUGGGAGCAGCAUGGAACUGUCCCAGCUCCUCAAUGAGAUCAGGGCAAACUAUGAAACGCUCCUCAGCCGAAGUCAGAUAGAGACCGUCCUCUCGGCAGGGACCCAGGUAAUGACCAUAUACAGAAAGGCACCUACUCGAAUAAGGAGACAAUCCAGUGUGCACUCAGUUCCUCUCUCAGCCUCUGUGAGCUAGAAAAAGUCACAAGUGAAAGAAUGAACAAAGAUGAAGAAACCUUAAAAGCAGCCAGGGCAGAGCUAAAUGAAGCUAGACGUCAGUGGCAUCAUAUGCAGACUGAAAUAGACUCUCUUCAUGCCAUGGAGAGGGGACUGGAGAAUUCCCUGCGGGCCACAGAACUGCGAUACCAAACGCAGCUCAAGCACUUGGAAGCCGAGACUGAAGGCCUGGAGAAGGAACUCCAAGAAGUGCGGCAGGACAUCGAAAAACAGCUCCAACAACAUGAAUUAUUAUUGGAUUCCAAGAUGAGACUUGAGCAGGAAAUAGCUACAUACCGCAGUCUGCUGGAGAAGGAAGAGAAAAGGCUGCUUUGUUCAAAACACCAAGAAAGAAAGGAUGUCAGAAAACCUACCACCAGCCGAAUAGCAUUUAUUUUACCUUCCUCGAGCAAGCUAAAAAAACAUGAAAUUGAAAAAGUGGAAAUACUAACAAAGCAAGCAGUCUUAAAUGGAGGUGCUGCAAAGGAUAGCACAGAAGCUCAUGGUACAAUACAGACGGAAAAAGUAGAUGAAGUGAUUAAAGAAUGGGAAGGCUCUUUCUUCAAGGAUAACCCUCACUUAAGGAAAAAAUCUGUUUCUCUGCGCUUUGAUCUUCACUUGGCAGCCACAGAUGAAGAUUGUUUACAUAUUAAACAGAAAAGUCUGCCUGAUAUUGAAGUGAGAUUGAUUAUGAGACGGUCUUGCAGCAUCCCAUCGAUCAAAACUUAAAUCAGCAUCAAUUUACUCAAAGAUUAUUCAUGGAAUGGGUUUUAAAAAUAAAUAUUGGUAUGAAUCUAGAAAAAGUA